UGUUUCGAAUUGCUUGGUAAGAAAAUAGAUACAAGAACGCAUUUGAAAAUAUAUAUUGACGUUAAGUUUAAUAAAAUCCCAAAUAAUUGACGAAAAAAUAACAUAGUUACCGUAUCGAGCAAGCAAUGACAAUUUGUAAAUUACGAAAAAAUUACGAAAAAAAUAAUCUAAAAAACGAGUUAUUGAUUUACAAGGGAUUGAUUUAUGCCGUGGAUAUGCAUCGUGAAGCUAUGAAGUUGGUAUUCAUAAUAUUACAUAUAAGUGCAGUACAUAUAUAUACAGAGUACAUAUAUAUACAUACAUAUAUAUACAUAUAUAUAUAGAACAAUGUACUUUCUUUCUCUUAAAGAUUCUCCAAUUCAAUGAUAUCCAAAUUUAAAGUAAUGUUCUUCUUCUUAAUAGCAGCCGGUGUACUUUGUGGGAGUUUCAGCCUUUUCCGGAUUUUUCAGGUAAUAUCAUUUGGAUAUAAUAUUCAAGAACUGUCGUUACCAUUAUUAUAUGUAAUCGUUCUUGUAGUAUACAUGAUGAUAAGCAACUAUGUAUCACAAGAAAUCAUGGAUCACAAUAAUGAUGUAAUUAUUACUGUGUACAAUGUUCAAUGGUAUUUAGCACCUUUACAUGUACAAAAAAUGAUAUUGUUUCUGUUGCAAAAAGGUACCAAAACUUUUACUUUGAAUCUUGGUACAUUGUUUGUAGGAUCAUUGGAAAGUGCCGCAUCGUUGCUGAGCACUUCAAUAUCAUAUUUCACUGUUCUUUAUUCUACGCAACAUUAACAUAAUAUAUUAAUAGUAAAAAAUAACAAUA